CGAUAUACAAAAACAAAAAUAUAAUUGAAAUUGGAUUGGAUUUUAACCAGCAUUGUUUUUUGGCAACUGAAAUUCAACAGAGUAUAUGUGCUUGCUUGCUGAAAUUCGACAGCAUAUAUUUGAGAAAACUACUGGAGCCUGUGGACAUAAAUUGUUAAUAAAGCUAACACGCUAUUAGGAAUUUCACAGGUUUGUAGUUCUAAGCCGAAAAAUGUUUGGCCAAUCUACCCUAGGCGGCACAACCUCGGCAUUUGGAAGCCAACCUGCAUCCACCAAUCGCAUGAAUGAUUUUGAAGUGGUUUCGCCUCCAGAAGACUCUGUUUCUGCUCUGGAAUUUAGUCCGCCUUCGAUGCAACAGAAUUUUCUCAUUGCCGGCAGUUGGGAUUGCAGUGUGCGUUGUUGGGAAGUAGAACAAACCGGUAAGACUGUUCCCAAAUCCAUGAAAACAAUGGGUGGCCCUGUCUUAGAUGUCAGUUGGGCAGAUGAUGGCAGCAAAGUUUUUAUUGCCAGCGAGAAGCAAGUAAAAGUGUGGGAUUUGGCUGCGGAUCAACAGAUGCAAGUAGCGGCUCACGAUGCACCCGUCAAAGUUUGCCAUUGGGUAAAGGGCACCAAUUAUACUUGCCUAAUGACAGGCUCUUGGGAUAAGACGUUAAAAUUCUGGGAUACACGUUCACCUACCCCAAUGAUGGCAAUUAAUUUGCCUGAGCGUUGCUACUGUGCUGAUGUGGAUUUCCCAAUGGCUGUCGUGGGUACAGCCGGCCGUGGUCUCAUAGUUUAUUCAUUGGAGAAUAGUCCUACCGAAUUUAAACGUCAAGAAAGCCCGCUAAAAUAUCAACACAGAACUAUAGCAAUAUUUCGAGAUAAAAACAAAAAACCCACGGGCUACGCGUUGGGCAGCAUAGAAGGACGUGUUGCUAUACAAUAUGUCAGUCCAGUCAAUCCAAAGGAUAACUUUACUUUCAAGUGUCAUCGUUCUUCCGGUACGGCGGGCUAUCAGGAUAUCUAUGCUGUAAAUGAUAUAUCCUUCCAUCCGGUUCACGGCACAUUGGUCACUGUAGGCUCUGAUGGCACUUUCAGCUUUUGGGAUAAAGAUGCCCGCACCAAAUUGAAGUCUUCCGAAACAAUGGAUCAGUCUAUAACAAAAUGCGCAUUUAAUGCAACGGGCCAUAUAUUUGCAUAUGCUGUGGGCUACGAUUGGUCUAAAGGGCACGAGUAUUUUAAUCCGGCGAAAAAGCCUCAAAUGUUUUUGCGUUCUUGCUAUGACGAGCUUAAGCCUCGUACAACGUAAUUUUGUCCUUCUAAACUGUUGGAAUUUAUACGUAUCAAAUUGGCCAUUUACUUUUUCUUUAAUUCCUCUCCCUUUAUCUUCCCAUAGUUUUGACAUAUAAGGCUUACAAUUAAGUAAAAUUUUAAAUAUCAAAUAAAACAUCCUCUCCUAGAUGGUUUCCAUUUUGCAUACAUUUCCAAGAAA